UUUUUUUAAAUGAUGGUGCAUACUUUUUUAAAAAAAUUUGAGCAGUAAAUCACUAAUCUCCUGGAGAUUUGAGGCUCUUUCACUGAAAUAUGGAGAUACUCAGAUCUUUUAAGUAAGUGAAGUGUCAUUGAAGUAAAAGUAGAACAUGUUUUUAGAACAUUAAGGUGUCUGAUGAUUGUGUUUACCCUGACCACGUGCACGGAUCGUUUGAUGAUGUAUCCACCUGAUGAUGGACACGCCCACCCUCCUCAGCCACACCUGUGACAGUGACCCCUCUGCUGAUCUGUUCGUGUGGGAGCUGGCUCCUGACAUGAAGACUCCUUCCCCAGCAGUGGUACGCUCCGUGCUGGAUGCGUUCAGCUCAUUGACCGGCAGACAAUCCUCAUCAGUACCAGCAGAGCGCACGGACCCUCCAACAAACCGGCCCUUCGUUCCCCCCACAGCGCGAGCGCCCUGCAGCCUGCAGCCUGUCCGUCCUCCCCGACAUGAAACAGACUCUGAGCGAACUAAUGAGGAUGAGCAGGAUAUGCCGGAUGGUUUUUGCCACCUGUUUGGGAUCCUUUAUUCUGGUCAUCUUUUAUUUCCAAAGUAUGUUCCAACCAGUCAUGCGGAGGAACCCCUUCAUGGUGGACGGCUGCUGCAGGAAAGGAUCCCGCAAUGCCCUGCAGGAGCUCUACAACCCCACACAGCCGGAGUUGUCUGGAGCAGCCGUCCUCCACCAGGCGAGGAGGGACCAGGUUGUGGACGCCUGUCGAGUCUACAGCGCAUCCAACCGUAAGCGCAGAGUCCUGACGCCCGGAGACCUCAAGCACCUCGUGGUGGAUGAGGACCAUGAGCUCAUCUACUGCUACGUCCCCAAGGUGGCGUGCACCAACUGGAAACGUGUCAUGAUGGUGUUGACGGGCCGGGGGAAAUACAGCGACCCGAUGGAAAUCCCUUCAAACGAAGCCCACGUUCCCGCCAACCUGAAGACGCUGAACCAGUACAGCAUCGCAGAGAUCAACCAUCGUCUCAAGAACUACCUCAAGUUCCUCUUUGUCCGCGAGCCUUUCGAGAGGCUGGUCUCUGCGUACCGGAACAAGUUCACCCUCAAGUACAACUCAUCCUUCCACAAGCGCUUCGGCACCCGGAUCAUCCGCCGCUACCGCAAGAACGCUACGCAGGACGCCCUGAUGAACGGCGACGUCAAAUUCAAGGAAUUCGCCGAGUACCUGGUGGACCCGGCCACGCAGCGAGACGGCCCACUCAACGAGCACUGGCAGACCGUCUACCAGCUUUGUCACCCGUGUCACAUCCACUACGACCUCGUGGGGAAGUACGAGACGCUGGAAGAGGACGCGAACUACGUGCUGCGGCUGUUGGGCGUCGGUGACUCCUUGCGCUUCCCCAGCUACGCCAAAUCCACCCGCACCACAGACGCCAUGACGGCUCAGUUCUUCAGUAACAUCAGCACUCAGCAGCAGAUCCAGCUCUCCCAGCUUUACAAGUUGGACUUCCUCAUGUUCAACUACUCCACGCCCAGCUACCUGCGGCUGGACUAACGGAGGACAGAGCUGGGACUCUGAGAAUGGCGGCCUCGUUUAAGGAGAGGCACGAAAACGAGUGAAGGGCAGAUUAUUUUGGAAGCAAACUUGAUUUUAAAAAACUGUCGUCUUACCUUGCAGGCGUGGGGUCUGAAUUGGACUUGUAAACAGGUGCUAAAAGAGAGAAAGGUAAUGUGUGAUUGUCCGGGCCUGAAGAGGAGAAUGUGGGGUGAUGCAGCGGCUCUGUUUGGAUCUGAAUGUGGGCUAAACGAACCAAACGCAUGCAAAGACUUGAAAUGUGCGGGUGAAGCAGGUCUUCAAGGUGUUUUUAAAACGUAUCCUCAGAGGACAGACUUGAAGAGGGAUUCUCCGAACGAUGUUCCCAACAUGUUUAAACAAACUGCUGACAAAUUAGGCUGCUUCCGAUUCUACAAAGCAAAACAGCGGCCUCGCACGCGCCCUGACCCCAAUGCAUUGUGGGAGCUAAGCUUAACUCCCCCACCCCCCCUUGAUCAAUAGAGAAACUCCGUCAAAUUGUAAAACCCGAGUCAUGCCCUCUGCUGCGCUGUUGGCGCCGCGUGUUAACGCCCAUCACCCUUGCCCUCAUUAGAUUCAUGUAUUUCAGAGGGAAGCUGGCUCAUCACCGCCUCAAGGACGCCCGGUAAUGGAUGGCUACUGACUUCACUCUCAAGACCUCCACAAAUGGAGGCGUGGCAACAUGGCACACAGCCGACAGCUUUCAGGCUGUCGCUGGUCUCUUAUCUUGAGAAGGGACCACUUGUGUUACAACCUGAGGACUCUGUGAAUUCUGUAGCAGCAGCAGCAGGAAAGUGGGAAGCGUGUCACACAUCUUUGCCUGUAACACCGAGCAUCCUUAACACUUCAGAAAGUACAGGAUGAGAAGUGACAAGUCUGCACAGAAAGUGUGAGCUGAGAGAACAGAGACAAAGAGCCUGUGUGGUUGUGGAAGGGUUAAAGGCACUGGAUCUCAUAACCCCGCCCUGCUGUGACCCACAAAGCCCCACUCGGGGGGGACUCGGUGGACACUUUAAAGACCACACCCACGAACAAAGACCCUUCUCUGACGACCAAACAUGUCUUUCAGUAAAUUAAAAAUACCCUUUUGUCUUUAUGCUUAUUUUUAUUGUCUUAUGAAGCAUUGCUGCGAGCAGCAAUAACAAAAUAUUAUUUAAUUUGCAUCAUUGAUUAAAGAGAGAAAGAUUUAAGUUUUGUUUCUGAACAAGUUUAGGACUUUUUUUUUAAACUGUUGGUAAGUUGUUUUGUCAUUUCUUCUACACAACUUACCUCCGGUACAUUACGGCGUUUUCAUUCUAAAAGGUGUGUGUAUGGUACAUUUCAGCACAUGACUUUGUCCCUCUGUGUUUGAGAUUCACGAUGUUCAUUUCCAACAUUUGGUGCCGAAAUGUCUGUGAGAGCGUCAGAGAUCCACACACUCUGCGUCCACAUCAUUCCCCCGAUGCAGAGCCUGAGAACGAGCUGCUGCUGCUCAGUGAACACACCAGCAAUCUGCUGCCCACAUCACAGAUCAGAUACUGUAUCUCACACUGUAAUGUGAUUAAUGCUAGCGAUGCUAAGCAAUGUCAAGGUUAAUAACUGCACUCUCCAUCACGCUGUCAAUUGGAUUACAGGCGGCUGUGUAAGCAUUACAGAGGAGGGGGAGACGGAGGGAGACUUUUAGCUUUUUACAGCUCUUUUAAAUUCCGAAAGUGAAGGAGACAUUUUAGGGAAAAGCUGCAUCUCUUUGUUGCACUUCACUGAACAAAGACUACUAGACCUCAAAUCCUAGUUUUAAAGGUUGUGAUUUAUGUAGUUUUGCACAUUUUGAGUCACCAGGUUCAGAAGUUAAUGAUGCUGUGAAACAGUUUGACACGGCUCGUAAAGUAGGUUUGUGUAUUUGGUUUAUUGCACCUUCAUGUGGGGAGUUAUAUCAAACAUAAUAGCAGUUGACAUUGUGAGAGGCCCAGCUGUCGUUUCUUACAUGUUAAAGAUUUUGGCAAUUUUGCAGACAAGAAACAUCAAUUAUAUAAAAAAAUUCCUACACAGUACGUUUUGCUUAAGCACAAAGUAUUAUUCAAGUCAAGUGUAUCCACGUCUCGGCCAAUGUCAGGCGAGUUUGGACCUAGAUUCACACGACCCUCUAAAGGUGAUAAACCUGGAUGAAUAACUGAUAAAGGUUUGAAGGAAAGGCAAUGAAUAUAUAUGAACACGACUGUGAUAAAUUGAGAGACAUACUUUAAAAGUAUAGAGCCUACAAGAAGCUCACUUGUGCAGCAGACUCUUCAUAUGCUGAUGUAAUCUGCAUGUGAAGAGCCUGCUGCGAUGAGGCUUAAUUAGUGAUUGGCUGCACCUGUGGAGGUAACCACAUGUAAGGAAACUCAACAUGCAUGUCUGACUUUGUACUGAAAAAGUCAGAGAUGGAUUUGAAGGUCAGCAUAAAUAAUUUGCAGGAGGUCUUGCAGCAUGGACAGACAUGCAACAAGAGUUUUGACUUAACGGUGGACAGUGGUUUCUUUCCAAGUGAAGUGAACUUUCCUACAGUUUAGAGUUCAUACAGCAGUUGCAGAUGUAUUGCAUUAUGGAGUUGCGUCCAGUCAGGACCAGAUGUCUUUACAAAAAGAAGCUGGAGGGUGAAAUGUCAGCAUAUCUGAAAGGCGUGAUGACCAAAUCGGAGCUUAUAAAUAGACCUACAUGUCCUCCAGGAGACAUUCUGGUGGAUGUUUUAGCUGCACACCACUUCUUGUAGCUUUUGAAGUGUUAUUACUGAACAUGUGUGUGCACAUGUCUGUGUGUGUGUGGGGGGUUAAUAAGAGAACAGCCUUAUUUUUUCAGCCCCACACACACACACAUCUGGCUGUAAUAUAGGAGCAAAGCUACUGGUCUGGCCCGUGGCCCCGACUAUCCUCCUCCUGCAGAAAACAAUGGCUGUAUUCUUAGCACGGCCCCCUCCUGGGAGAGUCGCACAAAAAAAAAAAAAAAAAAGAAACACACACAAACUCAGCACGCGCAUUAGCACUCCUGCUGAUGUUGUUGCCACGCAGCGUCUUACUCAGCAGCUGUGAGCAGAGGUUUUGGUCGAGCUGAGCCUCUCCACUCAAACACUCUGACUGAGCCUCAUCUUAAACUUCUCAUUUAAAACCCAGAAUGGAAGAAGGACGACACACAAAGGACCUCUUAGCCUGCAAACAAGCCAUCACAGAGGCCUCUCUUCUCCUCACUCUAUUUUCACCUCUCCCACCUCAUUCCCAAAGUGGCCUCCUUUUUAUAAAUAAAAAAAACAGCAGCCAGUCGGUGUUCAUGAUCCCUGCCAUCCCUUCAGGAAAAGACAGCCUGCUUCAGCAAACAGAGCGGCUAAAAUGUCCCCACAGCCAUCCACCCAGCAGCGACAGCACCUGGCUGACUUUCUGCCUCAGAUAAAAACAAACAACAUUUUUAGGCGCUUUUGUCCCCCGCUCUUAAUUCCUGGAUCUACAAAUAACCCGGCCUGCUUGCUGCCCAGUUGUCUCGUACUAGUGCAGUGUUUGCAGAAGUAGAGCCAACAAUAUUUAUGCUGUUUUAACGAUGUCUAAUAUUAGACUGAUUUACAUAUGUGCUGUUUUGCUGAGAUGAAGACAGGCAGGUUUUGAAAUUGAUAUUGUCUGAUGUGGAGAAGGAUAUAGGACACUAGGAUUUUUUACAUUUUUACAUUUAUGUUAUUAUUGAAUUUAGAUGCGGCUGUUGUUAAGGAACAAUCCUUCAAAGCAGCGGCCAUCUUGGAGAAGGGGAGUCAGCGCUGUGCCUCCUAAUGGUUCAUCCGGAGUAUUCAUGAUAAGCAGUAGAGUGAAUGGAUUUUAAAGCGGUAGGCCUACGGGUUGUCACAAAAUCAUGUAUUCAUGAUCCAGGAAACUUUGUUGAAUUAAAAAAAAUGUCUGACAUUUGUGACGAAACAAACUGCUUGAAAAUCAAUUGUCCUUUCUGCAAGUUUGAAUAAGACAGUGAUUAGAUUAGCAGGUUUGGCUAACCCUUUCCAAGAUGGACUAUUAGACAUCUCACAAGCCUGGAAGCUGCACCAACGUGUAGCCUACUCAUCCAUUUGGAGCAGCGUGUAGCUACAUUAUUAGCUUAGCUUUGCACAAACCCUGCGUGAACAGCACAGCAGUGCUUUAAGCUUACAUGGCACUCUGAGUAUGCUAGCAUGCUCCAAACGACAAUGCUAACAUGCGUUUAGCAGUUUAGUAGUUUGCUUAAGUUUGUUCAGCGUCUUAGUUUUUUUGUUUGUUUUGUUUUUACAUUAGCACUAAAGAUAAAUUAGCUGCAGCUGAGACUGCUGGGAAUAUUUAUCAAACCAAGGAUUGGCCACUGACAUUUUGACCACGAGAAGCCUACCUCUCCUCUAAUUAGCAUGCUAACGUGCUCAUAAUUACAAUGCUAACCUGAUGAUUACUAGCUGGUUUAACAGUUUUACUUGAGCAUGCUAGUUUGCUAAUAUUUGUGUCAGUCAUAAACACAAAUUACAGCAGAGAAUGUGCAGGUUUUUAGCAAACGUGAGGAUUAGGCAAUUUUAAAUGUUGGUCUAGCAAAUCUUAAGGUGACAAAUUAGCUUGUUAUUUCUGUCACGUUAGGCUAACUGACUGGUAGCGAAAUCUUCCUUUUGCAAACAGACAUGUCGGUGUGGUCUCAGUAAUGUGGGUGUGUUCACAAAAAUGACAAACUAUUCUUUUAAGGGCAAAUGAUAUCUUGGAACAAGAACAAUGAGAUGUUUCCAAAAAUGUUGUGUUUUGGUUUCUUUCUCCUUCUUGGCACCAAAAACGCAACAAAUUCUGAUCAUAUCUGAAAUCUUCAGCACAGAGGGACAAAGCUUAGAUCAUUCAACUCUCUCCCCUCUUUGCCUGCAAUACUGACAUAUAUAUACAGUUCCACUGUACAGGACACGAUGUUCUUCCUUCUGCUUUUGUUUCUGAACUGUGUGGAUGUUGGAUUGAUUAAUUGCCUGGUUGCUAGACACACACACACACACACACACACACACACACACACACAUGUCCCCUAUGUUUCUCUGUGCCUUCCAUUUUCAGCAACACAGAGCCGCUGAAAUCAUUGAACCUUUUUUCUGUGGUGACCUGGGCCUUCCUCCAUGCUGACACACACACACACACACACACACACACACACACACACACACACACACUCAAACAGUCAGCAUUCAUUCAUUUUCUCGGUGUCAGCCCACAACGCUGGUUUCUGCCAGCAGGACAAAUUGUUCUGCUACUUCACACUCUGCUGUUGUAGGUCAUCAACAUAAUUAAAAAACAAUUGGAACCAAGUGUGAACGCAAGAUAGUUCUACAAUGAUGACUCAUAUCAGACACUGUUAUCAAAUGGUCUACCUUAUAGUCGUCGUAAUAAUUAGAGGACUCAGAGGUACGACAAACAGGAGAAGAACCAGAAUGAGUUACAUUUUAAGAGAGACAAACUGCAACACAUCCACGUUCUUAACUCGAAGAAAAAUCCAUUCGCACAUCUUUAAAUUCACUUCUUCACCACAUGACAGAAGCCUCUCUUGAGUUUUACACUCACUGAGAUUUCACACAGUUAAGCUCCUGCAGAGGCCCAUGUGACUGCAGAGAAAAGCUCCCCAGGCUCUCAGGUGAUGUUCACACCAUCAUGCAGGGAUAAGUCUUGAGAGUGCUCUUGAAUGUGGAUAAAGAAAAAAAGGCUCACAUGUAAGGUAAAAAAAGAGACUCUCAGAAAUGCUUUAGUGUUUCAUAUUAUCUUUAUUUUUAAUCUUGCCAUGCAGCAUUCUACCUUUUUUUAAGUUGUAUUUGUUGACAACCAAACAUCUCUGGUAGAACUCUUUUAAAGGAUACAAUGUUUUGAAUUUGGACUGUAGUACCAAUUUUAAAACUAGGUGUCAGAGUUACAUAUUACGGCAUGCUUUACAGUUAUGUCCCUAAGGUGGCCCAUUGUUUCAAUCAGUUCUGUUAAGUACCUUCUAGGAUGAGUAACUUAAACGCUCCCUUUACAUGAUUUCUACCAAGAAGGUCUCAGACAUUGAAACGUUAGAAAAGUAUGCAAAGAUAGGAGCCAGAUUUAUUAAUUAUCUUUGACUUUUUUUCAACAGUAUUGGUCACAUAUGUCCACGUUAGUGCGCUGUGCUCUCAGCGGUCUCUGUGUUGCUCUGACAUCUUGUGCGUCUUCCCUCAGAGAGCCGAGUUCCCACACUCUGAUCUCCUCAGCAGCUCCAUGAUCCGACAGAUGGUGUGGGUGUAACCUGUACAGUAAUGAGUGUGUGUGUGUGUGUGUGUUGUGUUUGUGUGUGUGUGCCCUUUUGAAGAAUGAGUUCUUAAUCAGAUGUGUCUGUUUCUGAAUUUAUACCGUGUCAUCAGCAGUGUGUGUGUCAGAGUGCCUCGUGUGCUGAAACUACAAGUGGUGCAGCUGGAUGAGGGCUGCAAGAGUGUGUGUACGUUGUAUGACGUGUGUGUGUGUGUGUGUGUGUGUGUGUGUGUGUGUGUGUGUGUGAGUGUGUGUGUGUUUGUGCUCUACACACUCUGCCUUAGAGGGGACGUCUCCAUGUAAGACCCUCAUUCAAACAGGCACCUCUUAUUUAUUUAUUUAUUCUCUGACAUCUACCCAUAAACAUCAUCCUUUUUCUGUUAUCGCCAUGGCAACACACCUAAACUCUCUCUGUAUCUCUCUUUUUCCUCCCGGGACGGCCUCUCUCUCUCUCUCUCUCUCGCCGAGCUGUUUCUACUCCGUUGGUUUUUUUUUCUGCCGCUCUCACGGCGACUCAUGAAUAAUUGACUGCGUGCUUGUUGCACCGAGUGUGUGAGAGCGAUGAUGUCGAUCCUGCAGCAGCACCACCUGCGCUACACCCUGUCUGAUGUUUUCACAAUAAAAUGACACUGAAACUUC